CACACAUACAUACACACACGCAAGCACACGCACAUACAAGCUGCGAAUGACCAGAGAGGCUUGCUAGGACCUUAGCCCGGCCACCAAAACGUCAACAGCGAAAUAGCGAGAGGUUUUCCUGGCGCAUUUUAAAGCUGGUCGGCUCGCUAGCUGACGGCAAACCAGGCAUGGACGACAAGUCAUUCACCAAGGAGUUGGACGGAUGGAUUGAACAACUGAAUGAGUGCAAACAGCUAUCAGAGAAUCAGGUCAAAGUCCUGUGUGAAAAGGCCAAGGAAAUCCUGACAAAGGAGUCCAAUGUGCAGGAGGUGAGAUGUCCCGUGACAGUCUGCGGGGAUGUCCACGGUCAGUUUCAUGACCUAAUGGAGCUGUUUAAGAUCGGGGGGAAGUCUCCAGACACUAACUACCUCUUCAUGGGAGACUAUGUUGACAGAGGCUACUAUUCUGUGGAGACUGUUAGUCUCCUGGUUUCUCUUAAGGUAAGGUUCCGUGAACGAAUCACAAUUCUCAGAGGGAACCACGAGAGCAGACAGAUCACACAAGUGUACGGCUUCUACGACGAGUGCUUAAGGAAAUAUGGAAACGCCAAUGUUUGGAAGUACUUCACAGAUCUGUUUGACUAUCUGCCCCUUACCGCACUGGUAGAUAACCAGAUUUUCUGCCUCCAUGGAGGAUUGUCCCCUUCAAUAGACACACUGGAACACAUCAGAGCGCUGGAUCGCCUGCAGGAGGUUCCCCAUGAGGGUCCAAUGUGUGACUUGUUAUGGUCAGACCCAGAUGACCGUGGUGGCUGGGGCAUCUCACCCCGUGGUGCUGGUUACACCUUUGGACAGGACAUUUCAGAGACUUUCAACCAUGCAAACGGCCUAACUUUGGUUUCAAGAGCCCACCAGCUGGUGAUGGAGGGUUACAAUUGGUGCCACGACCGCAAUGUUGUGACGAUCUUCAGUGCACCAAACUAUUGUUAUCGUUGUGGAAACCAAGCAGCAAUCAUGGAGCUUGAUGACACAUUGAAAUACUCCUUCCUACAGUUCGACCCUGCACCACGCAGAGGAGAGCCCCACGUGACACGGCGUACACCGGACUAUUUCCUGUAAGGAUCCAUUGGUGUGGAUGGCGAGAAUCUACACUGAAGCAUUCAUAACCCCAUGGACCAAAAAAAUAAAUGUGUGCCAUAAUCACAAAACGAAAUGCAAACUAUCACAUCUCGCUAAAGACCAAUAUCCUUUCAACUUUUUCCUUUCUGUGCAUGAUGUUUUUAAUGCUAUAAAUGAUUGCUAUGAACAUUACCGUCACAAUACCUGCUGGUUUGUCAGGAAACAUGAGGGAACUAAUGCUGAGAAUAAUGACUAAAUGUAAGUAAUCUUUGUGUUUAGGGUAUUAAUGAUGACCAGAGUGUUGCCAUGUACAGUAUGUAAGGCUGCAUCUUUCACUUGGCAUGGCCUCAAAUCAAAAGUUGCAGUAAAUAUAAUGUGAACUCUUUUCUUUUUGUAACUGAAGCGCAACAGUUUAUUUUGUGAAGUGAGAUAAUAGGGUUAGAUGUUGGAAAUCUGUUCUCUUUGCACUUUUGUAUUUGAUUUUUAUCACAUGGCACUAACAGACUAUAUGUUCUUUUUUAUACCCUGUUAUAGUGUAAGUAGCUCUCUUUCUGCUCUGCUGUCUCUUAUGGGAGUUAAUGUACGUCAUCUAAAUAUUUAAAAUUAGUACAAAUAACAUCAAUUGUAAAAAAAAAUAAAAAAUAAAAAAUAAAAAAUAUUACUUAAUGUUUUGCAGCCACAGGUAUACAAAAUAAACACUGAAGUUGCUUCGUCA